AUGGCUCCAAUUCAAGCAUCUUCAGCUCCAACACUUGUCGAGUCACUCUCCGCUGCAUUGACACUCCGGGAAACCAAGUCUGCCCGCCGGCGGUUAACCGUUUUACCCCGGACAGCCGUGGACUUCUCGUCCAACGACUUUCUGUCAUUGUCAACGGCGCCCGCUUACCGGGAAAAGUUCUUGGCGCUUCUGAACAACACGCCUCCGUCAUUCCCCUUUGCCAGCGGCGGCUCUCGGCUAUUAGACGGGAAUUCGGCGUAUGCGGAAGAGCUCGAAAACUUUGUCGCGGACUUUCAUCAGGCCCCGACGGCGCUUCUGUUCAAUUCCGGCUACGACGCCAACGUCGGAGUUCUUUCCAGCAUUCCCCAGCCCGGGGAUUUCAUUCUGUAUGAUGAGCUUAUUCACGCGAGUGCUCAUGAGGGAAUGCGUCUCUCCCGGGCGGGAGCUCGGAAGAUGUUCCCUCACAGUUCGCCGGCGGGUUUGAGAAAAGUGCUCCAGUCCCAGAUUGCGGCGGAUCCAGCGAUUCGGAAUGGUAGCCGUAAUGUGUUUGUGGUUGUUGAAUCGAUAUACAGCAUGGAUGGCGAUGUGGCUCCCAUUAAGGAGUUUAUAAAGGUUGUGGAUGACCUGCUCCCUGCCGGGAAUGGAUAUUUCUAUGUCGACGAGGCACAUGCAACUGGUGUAUUCGGGCCAAAAGGUGCUGGAGUAGUCCAGGAACUCGGCGUUCAAGACCGCAUGUUCAUCCGAGUGCACACCUUCGGCAAAGCCCUGGCUAGUCAUGGAGCAAUGGUUCUCUGUGGACCGGAAACAAGAGAUUACUUGAUCAAUUAUGCCCGUAGCCUCAUCUAUACUACCGCGCUAGGAUACCCAUUCUUGGCGUCGAUCCGUGCUGCCUAUGAGCUUCUCUCAUCUGGCGAAACAAUAUCACUACAAAAUCGACUUCAGCAAUUGAUUCGGCAUCUUCGGCAAAGACUUGAUGGACUUCACACCCAUCCAUCUGUCAUGUUCGAGGUUGAUCAUUUCCCCACAUCUCCCAUCAUCUCUCUCCGCACAUCACAGCCAAGACAGCUGGCAAGCUCGUGCCAGGAGAAAGGAUUUAUAGUUCGUGCAAUUAUGCCGCCAACCAUCCCCGACGGAAAGGAACGAGUGCGAGUAUGCUUGCAUGCCGGCAAUACGGAAGCCCAAAUUGAUGGGUUAGUACAGACUAUUCAGUUGUGGCUAGACGAGAGUCGGAAAAAGGCAGCGAAGCUAUGA